AAUGUUACUAUGUUUUUAGAUAGAAUUAAGUUUCAGUGCAAGAGAAACAACUGUAUUUGAAAAUUAAAUUAAGUAAGAUUCUGGAAUCAAGGCUAAUAUAAUUCAGCGCAGAUCAAGGUAUUUUGAAAUGGCAAAGCCAGAGCCAGACUCAUCAAAGAAGUCCUCACCCCACCAACAUAGCAUUGAUGGAUAUGCCAUCGUUGAAAAAAUUGGGGCUGGAAGUUACUCCACAGUAUACAAAGGAUUUAGAACUAUUGGACCGAGGGAAACUGUUGCUAUAAAAUGUGUAGAGAAAAGCAAACUGUCAACUACUGGAAGAGAAAACAUCAUUACAGAAAUAAGAAUGUUAAAAAUGUUAAAACAUGAAUAUAUUGUUCAAAUGAAAGACUUCCAAUGGGACGACAGAUUCAUCUACAUAGUGAUGGAGUAUUGCGAUGGAGGAGACCUUUCAGCGUUCAUUCGGAAACGCCACAAGUUGCCCGAGACAGUGUGUCGCAAGUUUAUGCAACAACUUGCGACUGCUCUGAAAUUCUUGCGACAAAACAAUGUUGUACAUCUAGAUCUCAAACCACAAAAUCUGUUGCUCACUACUCAACCUAGGCUCUCACUUAAAGUUGGAGACUUUGGUUUUGCCCAGUUCCUGUCCAAUGAGGCAUAUCAUUGCUCUCUGCGGGGUUCUCCACUGUAUAUGGCUCCAGAGAUGCUGAUUAAAAGACACUACGAUGCUAAGGUGGACUUGUGGAGUGUUGGUGUGAUAGCUUACGAGUGCUUGUUUGGCCGGGCUCCGUACUCCUCUGCCUCCAUCAAACAGCUGCACGCAAAGAUUGCAGCUCAGGCCCCCAUAGAGGUACCUGAGGGCUGUGUGUCGCGAGACUGCCAGGAUCUGUUGUGCAGACUGUUGAAGCAUGACCCUCAGGAGCGGAUGUCCUACGAGGAGUUUUUCGCUCACCCCUUCCUCGACCUGGAGCAUCUGCCGAGCGAGGACAGCUUUAAAGAGGGCGUGAAGCUCAUCCACGAGGCAGUCAAUAAGGAUGCCAACAAGGAGUUCAAGCAGGCCUUUAUGCUGUACUGUCAAGCCCUCCAGUACUUUGUGCCUUAUAUUCAAGCCGAGCAAGAUCCUGAGAAGAAAACGACUUUGACUACCAAAGUAGCUGAGUACACAAAGAGAGCUGAGGAACUGAAGUCUGUUUUACAACCUCAGCCAUUACACAGAAAAACAUCACCAGAACCAAGCGUUACCAAAGAAAAAACCACUUCAACUGUUACUUCAACAAGCAAUACUGGUGUUACCGUCACAGACUCAAGAUCUCCAACCCCCAUGGAACUGAUGGCCUUGUGCUCUACCACCCCGUCGCUGAGAGAUGCUCUAGAGAUCGGCCAAGCUGCCCAGAUGUACCUGGCCGAGGGCCAGUACCAGCUAGCUCUAGACAAGUUCCAGGCCAGCCUAGGAGUGUUAGUUCCACUGUUGGCCACCGAGCCACUCGGACCUCGCAAGGAGCUGCUCUACAGACAGGUUCAAGAUUGGCUGAAGCAGGCAGAGAGUGUCAAAGCUCUAAUGUCCUGCACAAAGAUGGACCAAACACCCAUCGCGGCUGCCGAGAAUAAAGCCUGUAUCGUUGUUGCAGAGGCCUGCUGUAUCCAGUAAAAAACGUUCUAACAUGUGCCUUGCCUGACUUAACGUUGGUAAUUAUUUGGCAGCUGCAAAAUUGAAACAAGGUUAUGGCCAAUAAGUACUUGGAUAGGGUUGGGCGAAUGUGCUCUUCUUUUAAUCAAUUGUACUACUCAGUUGUCAUAUAAAACAAUGUUUUGUGACAUAUACUUUAUGUACUCAUUGUUUAUGAGGUGAUAUUAUGAUUUUAGGUUGACUUGUAUCCAAAAUCAUAGUUUAAGUUAGGUGUGAGUUUUAAUGAAAAGCUAAAACUGUAUGAUCUAUUUCCGGUGUUAGAAAUGUAUAAAUGCCCUUUUUUAUUUUUUUUUUUACUUAUCCGCUUUGGUUUCUAGAUAAAAGUUACAGUGACUGUUUUGCAGCAGAAUUUUUUGAAGUCUAGUGAAAUAGAUUUACAAAGAAACAGAUUCAGCCCUAGCAAAGAAUCUCUUUAUCCAACUGUGGUAGUUACAUUAACGUAAGCAUAAGCUAGAUAAAACUACUCUAUAGGAUUUUACUGGGCUCUCUUUAGUUGUAACGAGUUCAGUUUCGUAACAAGAUGUAUAUAGUAGGUUAUAACCAUACAUUUGAAUAAUAUUGUUGAUUAAUCUUAAUGUUUGUAAAUGCAAGAGUGAUCGUCAUCAUGACAAUUAAAGAAAUAAAUGGCAGCUAAAAGAAUCUUCAAUAGGAUAAGUUUGUCUCAAAAGUGGUUUGGUAGUUUGACUGUAAGUAAUGUUUAUCAGACUUCAUUAGUACUUUAAGUGUCCACAAGUUUAUUUAAGGUGCAUGUGUGUACAUUUUUAUAUGUAAGACCUUUUAUUUAAAGUGUCGGAUUCAGGUUUCAAUGUUAUGUUUUCACUGACUAAUAUGAUCAUUAAUUAUUUAGAUUUUUCUCAAAAAUUAUUGGUAAAAAUUUAAAACUCGCUGUCUCUCUAAACGUACUUCCUGAAGUGUGAAAUUGUGUAAAAAGUGCAUAAUUUUCAACAGACUAAAAUAAAGUAUUUUUAGUUUUAGUAUCAUAAACAUAGUUAUAUAUUUUAAAACUUGUCUGUGCUGAACAGUGUGGCGUACUUGUAAAAUUUACAGUGGGGAAUCACUUACUAUUGUCUAAAAAAUCAAACAAAAAUGGUAUCAGCUAUUUGUCACUUAAUUCUUUUGAUUAUCUUGUCAAUGACCAUAAAUUAAUUUAAUUUUUACACAGUAGGAACAACGUAAGUGACCAUAAGCGAGGAUAACUCGAGUAAAAAUUGUCGAAUUUCUUCAACUAAAUAUGAUAAAGCAAUGUUUAAGUCUAUAUGCUUAUUCGAACGAGUUUGCUAACCAGCAUGAUCGGACUAUAGGAACAGGUUUUAUGGGUCAUUUAUAAAAAAAUAAGUUUUCCCCAAUUUCGGCCAUCAAAACAUAAUUUUGCAAUUUAUUUUUAAACCACGUGGUAGAGCUAACAAAAAUAAUAUGCUGAGGUAUUGUACAGGCCUACAGGAUAAAUUGAAAAGAAAAAUUUAAAUUUAAAAUCUCUUAUUAAUCUGAUGAAAAAUAAAUAAACUGUUGUACCUUUCUUGUUUAUGGAUAUAUUUAGAUAAAAUCUAGCAAAUUUAUUUAUUUCCUACUAAGUUUUUAAUAUUUUAAUAAAAAAAACACACUUCUUUACCUUCCCUCUAAGAUAUCCAAAGUAGUACUCAUUAAACCUAAUGUUAUUCCCCCAUAAGGAAUAAAUCUGAAUAAAAUUUUUGAGGAAAUAUUUGAGUGAAAAUCCAAUUAGGCAAAUGGAAAUUUGUGGCUGAGGUAUUUAAUAUACUCAUAGAUUAAACUAAAGAAUGACCUUUGACUAUUAAUACAUGGUAUGACACAAACAGAAGCACACAGGACACGAAGUCACAUUUUAUGGUGCAACUGAUUUUAAACACUAAUCAGCUCCAAAACCAUAAUUAUAAAUUGUAAAUUUUUGGCAUAUUUAUCAUUAUAAUAAUACAUUCAGAUUUACUAGUAUACUAUAUGUAUAUAAAUUGAUUUUAUUUUGUUUUGUAGAUUGUUCUGUUAUAUGUUGUUAAUUUAUUCUUUUAUGUUUGUUACCUAUUAGUUGUUAUGUUGUUGAAAGCAAA